AUGAAUACUUCUGAGUUGAGUGAAUGUGAAUCUUCACCAAGUAUUCGUGUGCAUAAGCGUGAAACAAAGCACAGAAUAUUUGUCAACCGGAGCCUGCAGCUAGACAAGAUAAAGUUUUUCGGAUUCGAUAUGGACUACACUCUAGCACAGUAUAAAUCACCACAAUAUGAAGAGCUUGCAUUUAAUAUUAUAAAAAGCCGGCUGAUAAAACUUGGCUAUCCUCCGAAAACGUCUGAUUUUGUUUAUGAUCCUUCGUUUCCACUGAGAGGCCUGUGGUUUGAUCGGCUUUAUGGCACUCUUUUGAAAAUGGAUCAAUUUGGCAAUAUUCUUUCAUGUUUACGUGGAUUUAAUUUUAUCCAAAGGGAAGAACUUCGAUCAAUGUAUCCAAAUAAGUUUGUGAAGUACGACGAGAAACGAAUUGAAAUAAUGAACACUUUAUUCAGUCUUCCAGAGACCUACAUACUCUCAUGUAUAAUCCAUAUGUUCGUCAACGAUCCUGACUACACAAAAGUGGAGCAUGGUGUCAAAAAGGGAUCUCUGUAUAUGUCAUACGCUUCAAUUUAUGAGGAUGUGAGAACUGCAUGUGAUUGGAUGCAUAGAGGAGAACUAAAACAACGUACUUUGGCAAAUAUUAGUGAAUAUGUUGAAAGAGAUCCACGUUUAUGUACUUUGUUAGAUCGGCUACGAGUGAAUGGUGCAAAAGUGUUUUUGUUAACAAACAGUGACUUUGAAUAUUCUCAUGCAAUUAUGAGCUACAUUUUGGGAGACCCAAGACCCGAUGGUACUAUUCGUAAAUGGACAAGUUAUUUUGAUUACAUUGUAACUGAUGCAAGAAAACCAGCAUUCUUUCAAGAAGGAACAAUUUUAAGAGUUGUUUGCCAAGAUACUGGACAGCCAAGUAUUGGUCAUCAUAUGGGUCCCUUAGAAACUGGUCAAAUAUAUUCCGGAGGAUCUUGUGAAGUUUUUUCUAAUCUAAUUGGUGCUCGUGGUAAAGAUGUUUUAUAUGUUGGUGAUCAUGUUUAUGGUGAUAUAUUAAAAUCGAAAAAAACUGUCGGUUGGAGAACAUAUUUAAUUAUACCAGAAUUAGCAAAUGAAAUUUAUGUUUGGAAAAAGAAAAAAUCAUUAUUUGAUGAAUUACAAAAGAUUGAUAAUAAUUUAGAAACAGUCUAUCGUGAUUUGAAUAUCUCAUCGAAUAUAAGACCGGAUGUUGGAGAUUUACAAAGAAAAAUUCGGGCUAUAGCUCAACAAAUGGAAGAGUCUUAUGGUGCAUUGGGAAGUAUUUUCAGAAACGGUUCUCGUCAUACAUUCUUCUCAUCUCAAGUGUUACGUUAUGCUGAUUUAUAUUCUUUUUCUUGUAUCAAUCUUAUCUACUAUCCUUUAUGUUAUAUGUUUCGUGCACCAGCUAUGCUUAUGCCUCAUGAAUCAACUGUAUCUCAUGGUGAUUCACCAAAAGAUAGUUUCUCUGAUUUGGAUGCUUUACCGUGUGGACUUCGUCGACGUACUAGAAAUGAAAUCACUCCAUUAUCGCCGGUGCUAUAUGUGAAUCUGAUGAAGAACAGGAUGACUCAUUUGAUUCCGAUUAAAGUUAUUGAACUUCACCAAUUCCUUUUCUUUCCCAAUUACUCUAUCAUUCUUAUCAAAUAA